GUACUUAAGAUUCUUCCUCUUCUGAUAUUCAGACUUCAGACAUGACAUUCCCUGCUGAUUAACUCUUAAAUCUAACUGGAGCGGUGCAGAAACACGCUACACCAAGAGCUCUGUGGCCAGAUUUAUGACAAACAAAUACAAAGAAAUAAGAUAUCUCAACAUCUAAUAAGUCAAAUGGGUGAAGAAAACAUGAGAAAACGAAAAGGAGAGACUAACAGGGAAAGAGAUGAACAAUCCAUCCAAAGUAAAGAAUCCAAAACUAUGAAUCUACAGAAAGAGGUGGGCCUGAUCAGUGGGAUCUGCAUUAUUGUUGGUACAAUUAUUGGUUCAGGCAUCUUUAUUUCUCCAAAGUCGGUACUUGCCAGUGUUGGAGCUGUGGGGCCUUGUUUAGUCAUCUGGGCAGCCUGCGGAAUUCUUUCUACAUUAGGUGCACUAUGUUUUGCUGAGCUAGGCACAAUGAUCACAAAAUCAGGGGGAGAAUAUCCUUACCUUAUGGAAGCAUUUGGUCCUAUUCCGGCAUAUUUGUUUUCCUGGACUAGUUUAUUGGUCAUCAAACCCAGUUCAUUUGCUAUCAUUUGUCUCACCUUUGCAGAAUAUGCUGCAGUGCCUUUUUAUCCAGGCUGUGAGCCACCUGUAGUAGUCAUUAAGUGUCUUGCAGCCGUUGCCAUUGUGAUUAUUACCACAGUGAAUUCACUGAGUGUGAAGUUGGGGAGCUAUGUUCAAAAUUUUUUCACUGCUGCUAAAAUGAUCAUUGUUAUGAUCAUUAUUGUAUGUGGAUUUGUUCUCCUUGCACAAGGAAAAACAGAAAAUUUUAAAAAUUCUUUCAAUGAUGCUAAAAUUUCUGUUGGUUCUAUCAGUUUGGCAUUUUAUAAUGGACUCUGGGCCUAUGAUGGAUGGAAUCAACUCAAUUACAUUACAGAAGAACUUAAAAAUCCUUACAGAAAUCUACCACUUUCUAUAAUCAUUGGAAUCCCAUUGGUUUCAGUUUGCUAUGUUCUGAUUAAUAUUUCAUAUUUCACAAUAAUGACUUCAACAGAACUUCUGCAGUCCCAGGCAGUCGCUGUGACAUUUGGGGAUCGGGUCCUUUAUCCAGCUUCUUGGAUAGUUCCUCUCUUUGUGGCCUUUUCUACAAUUGGAGCAGCCAAUGGGACGUGUUUUACUGCUGGCAGACUUGUUUAUGUAGCAGGUCGUGAAGGGCACAUGCUAAAGGUGCUGUCUUACAUUAGUAUUAAACGUUUCACCCCAGCACCUGCUAUCAUAUUUUAUGGUGCCAUUGCCAUUAUUUAUAUCAUCCCUGGAGACAUUAAUACACUCAUAAACUUUAGUUUUGCUGUCUGGAUAUUUUAUGGUUUGACUGUAUUUGCACUCAUAGUUAUGAGAUUUACAAGAAAAGAGCUCAAAAGACCAUCAAGGUAAAUACCUAUUGUCAUUCCCAUCUUAGUGACAAUAGUUUCCGUUUUACUAGUUUUGGCUCCAAUCAUCAGUGAACCCGAAUGGGCAUAUCUCUACUGUGUUUUAUUUAUGCUUGGAGGACUUAUAUUUUAUGCUUUCAUUCAUUUUAAAUUCAACUGGGCUCAAAAAAUAUCAAGGCCCAUCACCAUGCACCUUCAGAUGCUUCUAGAAGUUGUUCCACCAGAGGAAGUUCAUGAAUAAAAAGAUUUGAUUUCCAGUAGUCUAUUUUUAAGUACCAUAAUGUUUGGGGGCAGCCUGAAUAGUCUGAAUGUUUGUUUGCUAAAUUCAGACUUGUUCAUCCUAAUGUGCAGUUUUAUUUUUGCAACAAUUUAUAAAUGUUUUAAAUAUUAUCUUAACAUAUGAGAAUAAGACGUUUUCUGUGCAUGGAAUUCUAUCUAGAUCUGGAUGGCUUCAUUGUUUUGACUGCUACUCUGCUAAUAUCUUAAGGUGAACUUAACAUAUUAACAGAUUGCACAUACAUAAUAGGAACUGUUUUCAGCUAUAGUAGUGGUGAAUAAAGAGAAAUUCAUUCACCAGUAAAGGAGUUUGUCAGAAUCCCUCCUCUUCUGCCACCCUGCUGGAAGAAUUUAUAGCAUGAUCUACCACGAAAAACAGAGGAAAAGUAUAGUGAUAGCCUAAGUUUAUAUUAGGCUGACUCCAACCUUAACCUGUCAGGUAGGUCAAAAGCUGGAAAUCGCCAGAUGAAAAGACAAGGAAAGCAGGAAGUGAGGGUUGCAGGCAUGCACUGGAAAACAGUGAGUAAAUUUCCUUUGUUGAUUGUUCCCCUUUCCUUCCAUCCUGCUGGAAGUACAAAACAGUAAGCAGACAAUGCAAAAAAUAUUCUAAACAAGGAGGUGGGUUUUCCCAAGAUGCAGCUUGAAGUACUUUACAUCCAAAAUCUGCCUCCACAAAGGGCUCAAGGUCCACUCAGAGAUGGCUGAUGAAGGAGUGGAAUAUAGCUUGUUGGAAUAUAGCUUGUUGAAACCCACUAGGAUAUAUUCAAAGAUAUGCUAAAAGAAAAAAGGAGGAGGAAGAAAUCUGUUUCUAGAACUAUCAGUCAGAAAAGGUCACCCAGAUUCUGGAGUAGGUUAGGUACCUGGAGGUGGAGUGCUAAAGCUUCCCUCAGGAGCAGAGGACUGAGGGUGCUCCUCUGAUAGUUGAUGUAGGCUCAACUGUCACAAUGGAUUGUUACAUGCUAAUCUAGAGUCUGAGGGCCAAACCAAUGGCCCUGAGUGUCAAAAGACUAAGUAACUGGUAUUCUUCAGGGGGAAUCAGCAGUCCUGACAGAAGAGGCUCCCCUACACAAA